ACGUGACACACUUUGUUUGGCUUUGGCUCCACGUUAGCGACAACGAUCGCGGCUAAACUGCUGUUUUUUUGUUGUUUGUCCGCGCGUGUGUAUGUGUGUGUGUGUGUGUGUGUAAGGAGGAGGGGGGGCGCACGCGCUCUGUCUCUCCUCAUCACACACUCGGUGCACAUCACCCGCUACAACCAACCACCACACGCGCUCACACACACCGCCAUCCUGCGUGUGCCACACAGCUGGUUAGCUAGCUAGCUAACGUUAUUUUAACGGUCGGCGUUGUGAUUUUUUUUAAAAUCCAGUUUUUUUUCGGACGGUUAUGUGUGGACGUGAUUACCGUUGAAGUACCGGAUUAUCUGCUUCCCUCCUCGGCUGACCGGGAGCCGCCAUGGAGUGCCGUGUCCUGUCCAUACAGAGCCAUGUAGUCCGUGGAUAUGUGGGCAACAAGAGCGCCUCUUUCCCAUUACAGGUUUUGGGGUUUGAGGUGGACUCCAUCAACUCUGUCCAGUUCUCCAACCACACAGGUUAUUCUCAUUGGAAAGGCCAGGUGUUGACAGCAGACGAGCUCCACGUUCUUUACGAAGGAAUCAAACUGAACAACGUACACCAGUAUGACUAUGUUUUAACAGGGUAUACCAGAGACACGUCCUUCUUGGAGAUGGUGGUGGACAUCGUUCAGGAGCUGAAGAGAGCCAACCCUAAUCUGGUGUAUGUGUGUGACCCCGUCCUCGGUGAUCAUGGAUCUAUGUACGUCCCUCAGAAUCUUUACCCGGUCUAUAAGAACAAGGUGGUUCCUGUUGCCGACAUAAUUACUCCCAACCAGUUUGAGGCUGAAUUAUUGACAGGGAAAAACAUCAGCACAGAGAAAGACGCCGUGGAGGUUAUGGACCUCCUGCAUGCUAUGGGCCCAGACACAGUGGUCAUCACGUCCUCCGAUCUGCCCUCCAGACUGGGAGACCGCUUCCUUGUGUCGUUGGGCAGCCAGCGCCAUGUUCGUCCCGACGGCAGCAGGACGACACAGAGAGUUCGAAUAGAGGUCCCCAAAGUGGACGCCGUCUUUGUAGGAACUGGAGACUUGUUUGCUGCUAUGCUGCUAGCGUGGACACACCACUACCCCAAUGACCUGAAGACGGCCUGUGAGAAGACUUUUUCGGUGAUGCACCAUGUUAUCCAGAGGACCAUUUCGUAUGCUCAUGAGUUAGCAGGUCCCGGUCGGAGGCCCAGUCCGCCCCAGCUGGAGCUGAGGAUGGUUCAAAGUAAAGCUGACAUAGAAGACCCUGCUAUAGUUACGGAGGCCACAGUCAUAUCCUAACAUUACCCACCCAUGAGACUCAUACUAACCUUGUCCUCCUCACCAUAAAUCUCUCAAAUCCAGUAUCUCGGUAAAUCUCUCAUCACUGUAAACCUUGACUGUCAUUUCCAAACUUCAACACCUCAUCAUCCAGACUCCUUAAAACCCUUAGUAUUGUAACCCCUGUAGUCCUUACACCCUAAACCCUUUACCCCUUUAAGUCCUUAGUGUCCUAGCCCCUUAACCUGUAACUCCUACGCCCUGUUACCCUGUUUUGGAACUAGAGCCAUGGAUAGACGGAAAGUUUGGUCAGGUUGGACUGUGGUGGCCUGUUGCUGCCUCUUCUUUAACGGGGUGUGUCAGCAGACUGCACAGGUGCUUUUUAGAAAGCUGCAGGCUUUAAGUGUUUAUAAGCACAGCACAUAGCAUGUCCUAAUAGAGGACAUAGUUGUAAUGCUACAGAGAAAAUAUGAGGGUUAUGAGGUUUAUUGGGAAAUCUUGCAAAACCCUUUCAAGGUUCAGUC